UAUAUGAUAUACAGAGACCCUGAGACCAGAGAUAUGCUGAUAAAUGUGAACAUUUUCUUGUCCUGGACUUUCCUUUUUUCUUAUUCCAGUUUGAUUUAUUUUUCAGUUUUUAGUCUAUAAAAUGACUGCCCCUAUGGCAGAAACUGAGGAUGAUUGGGGAAAUUUUUCAUCAAAUUCAUUUUCAUGUGAUGAAAAAAAGGAGGAUUGCUUCAGUGAUGAUUAUUUCAAUUCUUUUGGAAAUGGAAUAACGCAAGGUCUGAAUAAUUGCACAACAUUGAACGUUGCAGAGAAUUAUGGAAGUAUGGAAGAUUUGGUUAAAAAGUUUGAGCAGAAGAUUUCAAAAUGUUUUAAGAUACAAAAUAAAUCAAUUAACAAUGAUAAAAUUGUAAAACCAUUACAAACAUUAAAUGAUAUUUUAGACUACAAUGAUAUUUGGAAGUCGAUCACUGAUAACUAUGGAUUAGUUAAACCAUUGGAUUGGUGUAGUUCACAAAUUCGUAAAUUACACAUUCCUGCUCUGGAUCUCAACAUAUCAGACCAAAGCAAUGUAGAAAAAGAUCUCGAUGGAUAUUCAGAAUUUGAAAGCAAUGAGCUUAAAAAUCAAAUGGAUUUUCACAAAUUAAUUGAGUAUAAUGUAUACUCAGAAUGUGAGCCUUAUCAAAUGUCUUGUCAGAAUUCUGAAACAACUGGAAAUGGGAAAUUACAAUCUGCGGAUGAAGUCAUUCAAGAACUAGAAGAAAUUAUGUUGGAUGCAGAUGAGCAGGACGCAGCAUUUGACGACGAGUUGGAACAACAAACUGGAAUUAUCAUUGCUGAUACUGAUGGAAGCAUAGAUGCAUUUUCAAUUGAAAACGACCUGAUGAGUGACGAGAGCAGUAUAAUUUAUGGACGUAACUUGGGAUCGCCAUCCAGUCAGGAGGAAAGCGACAGAGCGUCUAGUCUGAAACAAAUGUCAAUUGCGGAAUUAAAUGAAGAGCUGUGUAGCUUGGAAAGUACUGUCAAGUUUCUUUCAGAAGAUUUGUUGAAUCAGUUAAAUUUUCGCGAUGAGCUUUUAUACGAGAAAGAAGUUCGUAACACAUUUAUUUCCAAAAUAUUAGAAGUUCAACGUAAACAGGAACAAUUUCAACAGAAUGAUAAAGCGCAUUCUAGCAGAUUCAAGUUUGGGAAAUUGUCAAAAAGUUUCAGCAUGUCAAAUGCAUCAGUGUCAUCCUCUCCUGGGAGAUUUCUCACUACAGUAAUUCCUUUUGACGAAGGUGGUGUUCCUCCACUAGAGGGUCUUCAGGCUCUUAUUAAAUUACUAGAUGCCAUCAAAGCAGAUAGUGAAGAAGUGCCGUCAUUGAUAACCAACUAUAUAUUGAAAGUAUUAGUUCCGGCACCGACAAGCGCGCGCACUUUGACUUUAUAAGAUGCCGCAAUUCAAAUGACGCAUGGUUAUUUAUUUAUUUGACUUUUCAAUGCAGCUUUUCCUAGGAAAAGUUAUUCCAAGUUCGUCCAUUAAAAAUUGUGUUAUUUUAUUGGUAAUUCUAUUAUUUGAUCAGCUUCAUGGUCAAAUUUUUGUGUAGUUUGUCCCACUCAAUGAUAUUGUUCCUAAAGAUGUAUUAAUUAGUUUGCAGUUAAUCAAUAUAGUGAUGCUCCAUUAUAAACUUAAUAGUCUUAAUUUUGUUGUGAUCACCCUCUACUCAAUUUAAAUUGGCACACAUACGUCACAGUAUUAAUAUUGUAAUGUAUAGAGUAUCGCAAAUAAGACAAUAUUUUGUGACAUAAAUUGAUUUUUCAACGUUAUAUAUUAUAUAUUGACGCUUUCCGCUUUCAUAACCAAAUUCUGGAGUUAUUUGGAUAUCUCUCUGCAGCAGUGUGCUAAAUUUACCUAUGUUAUAAAUAAUUAUGAAUUUGCAAUUGCUACAAAACUUUACAUUGCUUGCCAGUUAGUCAUUCACGAUAGGUUUAACUUUUAUUAUUUUGUUAUUUAUUUUUGCUUUGUUCCCAUAACAUUAUUCACUUUGCCAGAAUCUUUUUUUAUUGAAUUCUUCAUUUUAUAUCCGUCAAAUCAUUAUGCAAGAUAACCCCGAUAGGAAUAAAUUUUUUAAAUCGGUACAUUUUAUUUAGUAAAGUACGGUAGUUAAUAAAAUACAAUUGUAUGAAGGUUAUUAAACUUUUCAAGCCAUAUCUUGACGCUUUUUCAACAUCGGUAUUGAGUAAUUUUAGUGCAGUAUUGGUAAAAAAAUCGAAUGUGGAUGGGACUGCUUUUUGUUGCGACUACUACAAUAAUUAAUAUGUCAAGUGAAACGCUUUUUUCAUAUUUCAUAUACUUCUGUGUAUGAUAAGUGUUGUAGAAAUAUACCUCAAAUCAUAGUCCACUGGGCAUAACUUAAUAUUCAAACAUUAUCAGACAGACAUACUGACUACUGGGUCACAUUUUCCGGAACAAAUUUUUUGUAUAUUUGAUUUUAUAAUAAUUUCAAUAAUAAAUUUAAAACAAAAGCUGGCGACACUGUUGUACAUUUUUAAAGGAGUGUCGUGUGUGUGUAUGAUGUUAAUAAUACUUGAUUUGUGAAUUCAUUUACCUGCAAUUGAUUGUUAUUUAAUUAUUCUCAGUGUUGAAUGAAUAAUAGUUUUGAUUGAGCUGUUUAUCAGGUUUUUAUAACUCUGUAAUUCACUCCUUUGUCAACAUAGUAAUUGCAACAGUGGUGCCUGCUGUAGAAUUCAAUUAUCAGUAUAUAUUUAACAGUAUCGUAAUCUCAACCUAUUGUCAAACAUGUUCUUUAAUGAUACAAUUUAUUUUUUUUGCUGACACUUCUUUACGAGCAAAAAUAUGUACUCUGUAAAAAUUGUCCUUUCUAGACUUGAGGUGUGCAACCAGAUUCCUGUAUUUAGAGUUUUAUGUGGGAUUUUAUAACUCCAAUUGCAUAUAUCAUGAUUUGCUACAAAAAAUUUUGCUACAAUUUUCCUAUAAAUCAAGGUUUUAUCUGAAAAAGAAUUCUAGAAAAUUAAACUAUUAAAUAUGAAUAUCUCAGUAAACGUUUGAACAAUGAAUUUAAUGUAGGCAGCAAUUUAAAAAUAUCAAUCUAUUGUAUAAUGAACAUCUCCUGAGUUUAUUAUUUUCAGUCGCUAAGACUGGAUUAUAUAUACCAGUAUAUAUUCACAAAUCUUUUUUGGAAAUUCAUAUUAAUCCUGCACUGCACACUGAUUUUAAAUAGGUUCAUGUUUUUUUUUCAAACUCAAUAUUCAAACAAAUAUUUUUCUGUCUGUUAUUAAUUUUUGUCAUUUCUUUUGGUUAUAGUAUUUUAUCAGCAAAUACUAACUGUUAUAAUUUUCAUCCAAGACACUUUACUACUCUUCAUUUUUCUGCUAAAACAUUACUACUUUUUUUUCACACUUCUUGUGAUUGCUUAAUAAUUGAUGUUUGCAUGAGUAAAUUAUAUUAAUUAUUGUAUUAAUUAUCACUUGCUCUUUUUACUUGCCCAGUUCUAGUUUGUGGCCACACAGUCCUAUUUUAUACAAUGUUUGUAUCAUACCUGAUAUGAAUAGAUUGUUCAUGUUUGACUUGCCCUAACUAAAAUAAGGACCAUUUUUAUCGCGUAUUUUCUAUAUAAAUAUUUAAUACUCAGAAUAGAUAUAUAAUAUCAAAUAUUGUUAAUAAAUUGAGAAGGCAACUUUUUAUAAGAGCAGUUAAAAUAACUUAUUUUAGUACAAUUCAUAUUUUGUUAUACAAAAAGUCUGUAGUAUAUUAUCCGUCAACAUCAAAUUGAUUUCUAGUCAUAUUAGAGUAUCCACUGUUGGGUUAUUAUAAAAUUUUAUUGAGGGUGCUGUUAUUUAUCAUUAUAAUUAGUUAUAUUAUAUUUUGUCGAAUAAAUAUCGAUAAAAUCAUUUUUAAAUUUUUAGUACAAGUUACAACAUAAUUUCGGGAUUUGAUACAUUUUUUCGAUGUUCCACUAGAAAUUGUUUAUGUUAGGCAUGUAACCAUAAUUUAUACCCAUUUUAAAAUUUCAUGUGUUUUAAAUUAAUUUAUGUUAAUAAUUUAUAGAAAAAGUUCUUGAGUAAGAACAUAAUUUUUGUAGCAGCCAGUGACCCAUGUGUUUUUUUGGUGUAGUAUUGCUUCGAAAUUGUCAGAAAGAUGUUAAAACCGGGAAAUCUUGCCUUGAAGUGACCCAACAUUAUUACUAUUUUUCUGAUUUGUAUUAUUAUCAGUAUGAACACAGAAGCGAUUAUCCAAAAAUCAGAAUAAUUUCGAGAUGGUACACUUUUAAUUAGUACCGUAUUCUAUAUUUAUCAUAUGUCAAUGCCCCAUACAGUGUCAACAAUUUUUACUUUUCCUAUUUUUGCUAAUUUUAUAUCUUCAUCUGUAUUGUUUGAUCUUCAUGACUUCAUUUAAUAAUUGUUUUCAAUUUUUUCACAAUGUUUUAUGUCACAA